CCUUAUAAGCAGUCCAAGGGAAAGAGAAUUGGCUUUCUUCUUUUCUUCACUCCUGUGUGCUUCUUUAUUGAACGAGAAGUUGCUGUGGGGAAAGAAAUAAUCCACCAUGCCGGCUAACAAGAGCGUCACGGCAGCCCUGGCUCUGAUCCAGAACGACCAGUCCAAAGUCCUGGGUGUUAAAAUAGGCGAUCACGAUGUUGAACCGGGGAAAUACAUCCCAAAGGCUGAAGCCCAAUCCCCCCCCUCCAUAAGCUUCGCCGUCCCAGACCCCUCAAAGACCUACAUGGUAGUAGCCCUCGAUAUCGACGCACCCUUCCCAUCAUUCGGUGUCCUAGGCCCCAUCCUCCACUGGAUCCAACCAGGGUACAAGGUCGAUUCAAUCGAGAACAGCACAACGAAGCUCAAAUCCGCAGACCCGUUCGUGGCGAAUUAUAUCGGUCCCGCGCCUCCCCCGCCUAGCUCUCCGCAUCGGUAUUGCUUUUUCUUAUAUGAACAGCCGGAGGGGUUCAAGGGGGAGAAGUAUGCGCCUCCGAAUGGGCAGAAACUGGGUAACUGGCAUCGGAUGAGGUAUGAUUUGGAUGGGUGGGAGGAGGAGAUUGGAUUGGGGUCUAUAUUGGCUUGCAAUUAUUUCUUGAGUAAUUGAUUUUGGUCUGCUUUUGUUGAUACUGUGAAUGAUA